GGGUUAAGUUUGUUUGUAGUUAGAAUCGUCGGUCGUCGGUGGGAAGCGGACCAAAGAAAAAGAGAGUGAGAAAAAAAGGACAUGUAGUCGGGGAGGAGGUGGUGGAAAACACACAGAGAUCUGCGACGGAUAAGGCAGCCCAGCUGAGAAAAACGGCGAGUUUUUGGCACUUUUUGGAUUACUCACCGGUGUCACUGGCUUCGGUUUCCGUUUCCGACUUGUUCAUAAGUUGGCCCUGGUAGACGCCAUUGAUCGGAUUCGCUGUGUUCUGCAGAAAGAAGGAAGCCAGGUUUCACGAUGGACUUGUACAAUUAUUAUAUUUAUCAGAAUGCAGACCAAAGAACACUCAACUGGUUUUUGGCUGGAUCGCCGUUUCCGAUGUUGGGAAUCAUACUGGGAUACGUCGCACUCAUAUACUUCAUACUUCCCAGAUUCAUGGAGAACCGUAAGCCUUAUCAAAUGAAAACAUUCAUCGGUGUAUACAAUUUAUUCCAAGUGAUCUACUGCAUCUUCGUGGUUCGAUUGUGUUUCCAAGCUGGAUUUCGAUUCGAUCACUUUUAUCGAUGCGUCGAGACUGACUUUUCGGACGACCCAAAGGCUGUGAAGAUGUCCGAGGUAACGUGGUAUAUUUUAUUCAUAAAGUUCACCGAGUUGCUCGAAACGAUCCUGUUUGUGCUGAGGAAGAAGCAGAACCAGGUGUCGUUUUUGCACGUGUACCAUCACAUAAGUACCUUCUUCAUCGCUUACAUAUUCUGCAAAUAUGUUGGAGGCAGCAUGUUGGUGUUUUCCAUUGUGGCAAACUCAAUCGUACACAUUAUCAUGUACUCUUACUACUUCAUUUCGGCGUACGAUGUGGCCAUUUUCAAACUAGUUGCAGCCAAAGUAAAGAAGUACAUCACAACUGUUCAGCUGAUCCAGUUCGCCCUGCUGACCACCAACAACCUGUUCGGACUGCAACCCGGUUGCAACACGUGCAAACCGUUUCUGGCCAUGUACAUCCCCAACGUGUUCAUCCUGAUCUAUCUGUUCAGUCAGUUUUACAAAAAAUCAUACGACAAGAAGCGAUCCACUGCUGAGGUCAAGGCUAACUAACGUACGAUUACAAUGAACGUCGUCGGGUUAAACCCACACAUUACAUUUGCCUUUGCAAGUUGCGUGCAUGAUAAAAAAACGGAUGAAAACGGUUCCGUUCGGGUGGCUAAGAGACAAUUACGAGAGCAGUGCAAUUUAGUUGAUAUUUUUAUGUGAUCGUUUGCUUCUGGGAGCAAAGGUUUUUUUUUCAUUUUAUAAGAUUAGUUUAAGUAGAAGAUAUAGAUUUGAGGGAGAUACCAAAGAUUUAGCAAAGAGCUUGUCUGAACGUAUUACUAGUAAAACACCAGUUUUAUUCCAAGAAAAGUAAUUUAGAUAAUCUUUUAUUCAAGUUCAUCCUAACUGUAGGUGAAAAAACUAUGCAAAACUACUUUUAAAAUGAAUUCUUUAUAUUUUUAAGCAAUCAAAAAGAAUAAUAACAAAAAAGGAAUGGUGUGCGAUAUGGUUGAGUUUGCAUGAUAAAUAAUGUCAAUGUGAGGAUGCACGUGUACUAUAGAUUCUAGAAGAAAAAAAAACUUGAGUGCGAGAACAUUGCAAAAAUUUGCAAAUGAAAUUUGAUAUACCAUUGUAAGUAGUACGUGCUGGUAUGCCAAAUAGUUUCAUAGUGAGAAAGAACCGAAACGAACUCAACAUACGUAGGUGAUAAUAUGUUAAAGUUAAAUACAAAUUAGGCAUCAAUUAAUGAACAAAAAUAUCAAAUUGAAUUGCAACCAUCGAGCCUAGGCAAAUUACCAAUUGUAUCGUAAUAAUUAGAUUACCUUUCUCUAGCAGUAAUCAACAAACUAGACACAUAGUAUGGACAAGAAAUAAAUGGUUGUACUGUGGACAUGUCCAACAUACUGCGAAAAUGUUAUAAACUGGUCAAUUAAAGGCUGCACAUUUUAAGAUCAUGCUCCGCUUUCGAUUGAAAAAAAUGCACACCCACUUAAUAGAGUUUAAGACGGAGCUAAAUUUUCGGGAAAUAAUGAGCACAUUUGAUAAGCCUUGUUAUAAAAGCAAUAAAAAAGUUUAUUUUCGAUACAGAUAACCAGAAUCAAAUAGUUAGACAAUUGUCACUUAAGCUUUAAUAAAAUUUCAAAUAGA